AUGGACCCUUCACUGCCAACCCAAGGUCCACUCAGCAGUGAAUCUGAAAUCAGCAGUUUCGAGCAUUCUCCUCAGUGUGUUUCGGCCGGAGUGACCCGCCAUCACAAUACAGGUUCUCCAUCCACACCGGUCGGCCAGGAUGCUCCACAGAGGGGUGGAACUUUUCAGCAACAGAACACCGGAGAGCAUGCAUCCAAUCAGUCAGAGCCCAGUGCCGAAUGUUUUUUGUUGAACGAGGACGCGUCCACGAAAGAAGCGGCAAAUAAUGCUACAUCGCCAGCUCGCUGGAAUGCCCUUGGCUUAUUUGCCAUUUGCGUCCUAGCCUUGGGAACAGUUGGCAUUGUAGUGGGCAUGGCUCUCUUGGCCCACAUCUGGCGGUCGUCCAUGCGGGCGCAAGCCGGGCACCUUGACAACGGUCAACUAUGGGAUCUGAUCAUCCGGAGAAAUUGGACCUCGGUGACUGUGACCAUCACAGCCGCUGUGAUUCGCGUCUGCCUGGGAUUUCAGAUGGGCAUAUUUACUGCGAUGGUUGCCUCUCUCUUGAUCGAAAGAACUGGCGUACCUAUUGGCUCGGCGCCGCUUAUCUCGAUGCUCAGGGCCGUGUCUACAUCUCCAUACAAUCUGGUCUCGAGGAGAACAUUGACGACGCCCUUGGCGUUUGCGAUUAGUCUUGCAGUUCUUCUAACGGGAGCCUCCAACUUCAUUUCGACGGCGCUUCUGAUUGACUUUGAGAACAUCAACAUCAUCACGCCCAAACAAACCGUGGGAUUGCUCUACGGCAGCAGUCAACAAGAAGAUGCUUUUGGCGUUGGCACUUCCACCGACCCUUCGGGUAGCUCAGGUAUUGGCACGCCGAGAGGAUCAAAGAUCUGGAAUUCGCAGCCCAACAGUUACUAUCGCUUUGCCGAGCUUCGUAACGAUGCUAGUCCCGAUAUCGACCUUGACCAAGUCGAGGAUUCAGGGACUGCUUUACGAGCCAUUCUACCAUUCACUAAUGUUGCCAAUCGCACGAACCUGCGAAAAUACGAGGGCCCUAGUGUUGUGUUCGACUCGAGGGUGGUGUGCACCCGACCGAAUGUUACAGGCAUGGGGUUUUCAACAGUGAUUGCGAAACAAGUCGCAGGGAACGGCCGCAUUCGAAAAUUCGAUGAGGUUACGAUUACAGCCACCAUCUCAAUUCCAAACGAACCAUCGCUCUUUGACUCGGACUAUAAUCCACCUCCAGGUGGGUGGUCAUUCAGCUGCAUAAGUCACGCACCAAAGGCUGAUGAAGCGGCCAAAUAUUGGCCAACGUCAAUCUGUUCUGCCAAGGGCGGGGUGCGUUCGGAUGAUUCUCAAUACACACGGUUGCCAAACUUUCGUUCAACGGUGCUUCCAAUAUCGGCAUCCCGAGCAAGUACGUUCCUAGUUCUCAAUACAACGGGGCCAAUAGAACAAUGGCGAGAAUAUCAAAAAGAGACGGGAGAGAGCAGAGAAGGGAUUUAUAUUAUGCUGAGUGAUGCAAAAGACUGGACAACAACUGAGGAAGGGAUUUGGGUACAUUUGCAACCACCGCCUGGACGAUUAGAAGCGAAGGUAUCGAUUAGCACUUGCUUCACCAUGCUGCCUGGAGUUUAUCAGGACGUCAGUAUGUCUAGCGAUCAAGACGGGUCCGAGCUAAGUCUUUCUUGGGACAACGUCAAAGACGUGUACGAGACAGCUUCGAUUCGCGAUCAGUACAUAAAUCUCGGCGACGACAAAGCCUCGCGGAACAUGCGCGGCACUUUGGACUUGGAUGGAAAGACGCGCUGGGAACUUCGAAACAACAUGAGCUUGGAAGAUGGGGGCAGCCAGUACGACUUGAGUAACUGGAUGAUUUUCAACAGCGUCUCUGGAGGUCUCCCGUACAUGAACUUAAAUGGAGUCGCUGAGACCUUUGAGGUCCUUGCGGGAGGAAUCCUGGUCCCUGGCGCAUUUUCCCCGUACGCCGUGCAUUACGCGCACGCAGCUCUCUUCCAGGACGUCGUAAAGACUACGGGAAAGUUGACCCAAGGCCUUCAAGCCCUGUUCACGGUUCUUCGACAGAUGGCAUACUACGAAAAUUCACCGUACUUCAAUCAUGAAUCAAUGGCCGUCAUGACUACGUCGAGCGAGAAACUCAUACCGACACAAUGGACUGGCUUCAUCGUCGUGGCCGUCACAAUAACUGCCCAUUUGAUUCUCCUCACGAUCAUAACUGUAUUAUUUCUGGGGUGGACGAAGGCUAGUUGGCUUGGCAACGUAUGGGCUUCUUUAAGUCAGGUUGUUUCUUCAGAGACGGAGGACUUGAUCGAUAGGAGCACUGAUAAAAAUGACGAGGCCGUGGAGAAGAUGAUUAUGGCAGGAACCUCCGUUGCCGAUGGCAAGUUGACAUACAGGGUCAGGGUCAAGAGAAACGAGGCGAGUGGGAGGAAUGAGCUGUCAUUGAUCUGA